AUGCUUCUCUCUCAACAAAGUACUUCCUCUCUUCAUCAAGUGCUUCCUCUCUUCAACAAAGUACUUCCUCUCUUCAUUCAAGAUGCUUCCUCUUCUUCAAUCAAAGUAGCUUCCUCUCUUAUCAAGGUGCUUCCUCUCUUCAAACACCAUUCAAAAUGCGUUCCUCUCUUCUUUCAAAAGUACUUCCUCUCUUUCAACAAAGUGCUUCCUCUCUUCAUCAAGAUGCUUCCUCUCUCUUCAACAAGUGCUCCUCCUCUUCAUCAAGAUUGCUUCCUCUCUUCACAAGUGCUUCUCUCUUCAUCAAAGUACUUCCUCUCUUCUCAAAGACUUCCCUCUCUUCAUCAAGGUGCUUCCUCUCUUCAUCAAGUGCUUCCCUCUACUUCCAUCAAGAUGUUCCUUCUCUUCAAUCAAAAGUGCUCCAUCAUGCAGCUUCCUCUCUUCAAUCAAGUACUUCCUCUCUUCAACAAGUUACGCUUCCUCUCUUCAUCAUCAGCUUCCUCUCUUCAACAAAGUGCUUCCUUCUCUUCAUCAAGGGCUUCUCUCUCUUCAAAGUAG